GCGCGACACAUGACGUCACUUCCCGUCGCCGGCGAGGAGGGGGCCACGGGAGCCGGUUGGACGCGCGCAGCCUCGGCCGGGCGGGGCGGCAUCGGCAGGUUUCCUGUGACCAAGCUAAGAAUUCAACACCAUGGAAAAUGAGGAAAACGUGCUUCAGGAAGGCGAAGAAGAGGAGCUGAAAGUCUACGGUUACAACUUUUGCCGAUGGAAGAUGGUCUUUGUGGCCGGAGGUGUGCUGUGUUCGGGGGGCCUCCUCCUCCUGCUCCUCUACUGGAUGCCUGAGUGGCGAGUGAAAGCCACCUGCCGAAGGGCUUCACUGAGACGCUGCCAGGUGGUGCUGCUGAGAACAACCGAUGAAUUCCAGACGUGGUUCUGCGCAAAGGUCUGCACCAUGUCCUCCCUGGGGCACCACCCGUUGCAGGCCCCGAAGCGCCUGGCACCAGAGAAGGUGGCCAAUGGCUCCAGCCCUCCUUUCUGCGUUGCUCCCUCUGAGGAGGAUGGCAGCGCUUUGAACGGACUCUCCCAGGCUCACCAGCGGCAAGAGCUGCGCUAUUUCACCCACCACAGCGUGAAGUAUUUCUGGGAUGAUGUGAUCCAGAACUUCACUUCCAUAAAGGGUUUGGACGAAUCUACUUCCUGCGCGUCAAUUCACCAGGAGCACAGCACAGGGCUGACAAAAGAGAUGCAGGACUACAGAAAGAUAUUCUACGGACUGAAUGAAAUUGCGGUCAAAGUGCCUUCCAUUUUUAAACUGUUGAUUAAAGAGGUCCUCAAUCCUUUUUACAUUUUCCAGCUAUUUAGUGUGAUUCUCUGGUGUACGGAUGAAUAUUAUUACUAUGCAAUAGCCAUUGUGAUCAUGUCUCUGAUCUCCAUUGCCAGCUCUCUGUACAACAUCCGAAAGCAAUACACGAUGUUGCAUGACAUGGUGGCAGCUCACAGCAUCAUCAGGGUGUCCAUCAGCAGAGCGAACCACGGUGUGGAAGAGGUUCUUUCCACGGACCUGGUGCCUGGGGAUGUGAUCGUGGUCCCGCUCCGUGGAAUGAUCAUGCCCUGCGACGCAGUGCUUCUCAGCGGAACCUGCAUCGUCAACGAAAGCAUGUUGACGGGUGAGAGUGUCCCCGUCACCAAGACCAACCUGCCCGACCCGUCCGAGGACCCCCGAGCCCUGGAGGGCGAAGUGUACAGCCCAGAGGGGCACCGGAGGCACACGCUCUUCUGCGGCACGACAGUCAUCCAGACCCGCUUCUACACCGGGGAGCUCGUCAAGGCUGUGGUUGUCAGAACAGGUUUCAGCACUUCAAAAGGGCAGCUGGUCCGCUCCAUCUUGUAUCCCAAGCCCACAGAUUUUCAGCUCUACAGGGAGGCCUACCUGUUUCUGCUCUGCCUGGUGGGGGUGGCAGGCAUCGGGUUCCUGUACACAAUCGUCAUCAGCAUUCUUCACCAGGUUCCUGCCCGCAUCAUCACCAUUGAGUCUCUGGACAUCAUUACCAUCACGGUCCCGCCGGCUCUUCCUGCCGCCAUGACGGCGGGGAUCGUGUACGCGCAGCGGCGGCUGAAGAAGAUUGGGAUCUUCUGCAUCAGCCCCCAGAGGAUCAACAUCUGUGGGCAGCUGAACCUCGUGUGCUUUGACAAGACAGGGACCCUGACUGAGGAUGGCCUGGACCUCUGGGGGAUCCAAAGGGUGGAAAACGCUUUCUUCCAUGUGCCUGAAGAAAACGCGUGCAAGGAGAGCUUGGUGAAGUCGCCCUUCAUCGCCUGCAUGGCAACGUGCCAUUCCCUUACGAAGAUCGAAGGGGUGCUUUCCGGAGAUCCACUCGAUCUGAAGAUGUUUGAAGCCACCGGAUGGGUCCUUGAAGAAGCAACGGAGGAGGAAACGGCCCUCCAUAACCGGAUUAUGCCUACGGUUGUCCGGCCACCCAAGCAGCUUCUUCCAGACUUCAAAGCUGGAAGCAACAAGGAAAUGGAGCUUUUCCAGCUCUCGGCCAGCUACGAGAUCGGGAUUGUGCGGCAGUUCCCCUUCUCUUCUGCGCUGCAACGGAUGUGCGUGGUGGCCAGGAUCCUGGGGGAAAGAAAGAUGGACGCCUUUGUCAAAGGGGCCCCGGAAGUGGUUGCAGGGCUGUGCAAGCAGGCCACUGUGCCGGCUGAUUUUGAAAGGGUGCUGGAAGACUACACCCGGCAGGGCUUCCGGGUCAUCGCUCUUGCCCACAGAAAGCUGGAGUCCAAGCUGACCUGGCACAAGGUCCAGAACGUUGGCCGAGAUGCCAUUGAGGCCAACAUGGAUUUCAUGGGACUAAUUAUAAUGCAGAAUAAACUCAAGCCAGAAACUCCAGCCGUACUUGAUGAUUUGCACAAAGCCAACAUCCGCACCGUCAUGGUCACAGGCGACAACAUGCUGACUGCCAUCUCUGUGGCCCGGGAUUGUGGAAUGAUUCUACCUCAGGACAAGGUCAUUGUGGCUGAAGCACUACCUCCCAAGGAUGGGCACCCUGCCAGGAUCAAGUGGCACCACGCAGAUGCCCUUGAGAGGGAUUCUGAUGCCAUGCCCACCAUUAACUCAGAGGAUAUUCCAAUUAAACUUGCCCAGCAGAACUUUGAAGACUUCCACAAAACCAAAUUCCAUUUUGCUAUGAACGGGAAGUCCUUCGCAGUAAUCCAGGAACACUUUCAGGACCUUGUGCCAAAGCUGGUGCUGCACGGCACAGUGUUUGCUCGCAUGGCGCCGGACCAAAAGACGCAGCUGGUGGAGGCCCUGCAAAAUGUUGACUACCACGUGGGGAUGUGUGGGGACGGAGCCAACGACUGUGGCGCGCUGAAGCGGGCCCACGGGGGCAUUUCACUCUCUGAGCUGGAGGCAUCGGUGGCUUCCCCCUUCACCUCCCGGACAGCCAGCAUCGCCUGCGUGCCGAACCUGAUCAGAGAAGGCCGGGCCGCCCUAAUAACUUCCUUCUGCGUCUUCAAAUUCAUGGCUUUAUACAGCAUUAUCCAGUAUGUCAGCGUCACUCUGCUAUAUUCUAUCCAGAGCAACCUGGGAGACUUCCAGUUCCUCUUCAUCGAUCUCGCCAUCAUUUUGGUGCUGGUUUUCACCAUGAGCCUGAACCCUGCGUGGAAAGAACUUGUGGCUCAGCGGCCACCCUCCGGCCUCAUCUCAGGGCCCCUCCUCUUCUCUGUCCUGUCCCAGAUCCUUAUCUGCCUGGGCUUCCAGACUCUGGGCUUUCUGUGGGUCAAGCGGCAGUCCUGGUAUGAGACCUGGAACCCGCUCUCAGACGCCUGCAACUUCUCGGAAGCUGCCUCGGCCAACGCUUCUGGGCACAUCAACGCGUCCGGCCACGACGAGCACAACAUCCAGAACUACGAGAACACGACCCUGUUCUUCAUCUCCAGCUUCCAGUACCUCAUCGUUGCUGUCGUCUUUUCCAAGGGCAGGCCCUUUCGGCAGCCUUGCUACAGGAACUAUCCGUUUGUCAUCUCUGUGUCCACCCUUUACGCCUUCGCUCUGACCGUCCUGCUGUACCCAGUGGCGGCCAUUGAGUCCUUCUUGGAGCUGGUCUGUGUGCCUUUCACUUGGCGUGUCACGGUUCUUCUCAUCGUGGUCGUCAAUGCCAUGGUAUCUGUUCUGGUGGAGAACUUUCUCCUUGACAUGGUCCUUUGGAAGGUUAUCUUCAAUCGAGACAAGCAAGGGGAGGACCGCCUAGCUUCCUCCUCCUCCUCCUCCUCCUCUUCCUCCUCCUCCCACCCGCCUCAGGGGGGCCUGGACCGUUGCUGUGGGUGUGCCCUGCCGGCACUGCUGGGCCUGAAGAAGAGGCCGCCCAAGGCCCGCUACAUGCACCUGGCCCAGGAGCUGCGGGUGGACCCGGAGUGGCCGCCCAAGGGCCGCACGACGACUGAGGCCCCUGGCCCUGCCUGCCAAAAUGGCGCCUGCCAAGUCAUCACCAUGACGUAGCAGUGGAGGCUGUGCGGGAGCGGGGGCAGGCUGGGGCUGCCGACGGGCUGGACGUUCCCCUCCCUCCCCACCUCCCUCCCCAUCAGCCAUGCUGUCUUCCUCCUACCAGCCUGCCUGGGGCUGGGCGCUUUGAAAGACCUUUCCUCGGGGGUUGAGCGGCCCAACGAGGGACAGCGCCUGCCUGGGGCAAGGACUCCCGGCUCCUCAGAGCAGCACGCGGGGGGCGCUACCUCUCUUGUCCCCUUGCCCUGGGAGGGGGCCUGACCUGGCCCUCCCCGCUCCCUGCCUUGCUGGGGCUGUGUGAGGGCAUGGCAGGAAAGCCCACUAGCUCUUCUCGGGCGAGACUCUCUGCUGCCCGCCGUUGCUGCCAGGGAAGGUGGCCCUGGACCUGUGGGCCUGUCCAGGAUGGGCAGGGUGCCCACAUUUCUCAGGCUGCCCGUUCCCAGCUGGUGAGCCUCCCCAUCCCUACCGGCUGAAACCCCCCACGACACAUGCGAGGAGAUGCGCCCCCCCCCCAAUCCAGACCUCUGCGUAGGAAUCGGAGACCGCCCGGAAGCCCCAGUGACAGUCCGAGGGAGGAGGAAGGGAGCUGGUGGCACUUCGGGUCCUUGUCUUCCUUCUGCAAGACACCUGCUGUAUGCAGGCGCACGCAGGGCAUCUUCUGCCCUUGGAACAACUCUGCACUCGCCCAGCCCCGGCACAGGAGUCUGUCGCUGGCUGGAGCAGGAUUGCCCUAACAGGAGCACUUGGCAGAACCCUGGCUCAGACCAGCUGUGGCCACAUCGGUAGAGUCUUCCCCCAAUGGAGCUGAAGCCUUCCACUGUGACAGCCUCCUUUGGGAAAUAGCCCAGGGCACGAGGACGGAAAGGACAGGAACACAAGCUGGAUGUCCUUUGAAGGCUGACCUGUUGCCUGACCUGUGCAAAACAUGACGCCUCUCUCGCCCGCUGAGCGGUAAAGCUAUUCUCUGGGCUGCGUCGUCUUUCUCUGCGAGCAGCCAUUUCUGCGCUGCUGUUGAGGGGGCGGCUGCACCAAGAUUGCAACUCCAUAAUGGUGCUAGAGAGUUGGAGGGCCAGCAGCCACCAGGAGAAGCUGCUGGAGAAGAAGGCUGCUGUUGGGUUCCCACCCUGGUGCCAUGUGAAAAAGAAAACCAUCCCUUGCAACAUUUCUCCCUUCUACAUUUGAAAUUCACAAGUAUUUUACUUCGGCAGUAGUUAUAAUAAAAAAGUCUGUGAGGCUGUACGUCCGUCCUUUGGCCUUGGAACUGUGACUUGCAAGCACCUCCUGCUGCUGGGAAGCUGUGGAUGCCAGGGGACGGAGGGUCCACAGGGUGUUCGAAAAGCACUCCUGUGAGUGCCAGCUGCACCUUCCAGCUCUGCUGCCUGCGUUUGUCCCCCCCCCCCUCCCUGGCUGAAGAUGAGGGGGCUGGUCAGCCAACCUUAGAGGACUCUGAGGGACUGUCUGCAGAGUGUUUGCACAGGAUCGUCGGGCUAAAAGCAAUAUUGGGGUCAGUGCUGGGGAGAGAAGCAACCCGGCCCUUUGAAGAGUGGACACUGGCAACCCCUCGGAUCUCCGUGGUCUCCCUGCUGGGCUGGUUCCUCGGGAAGGGAUCUGGUGCAUCCUCAGUCUGUUCCAGUUACACUUAAAAUUCCUCAGUUGGUGGUUUUUAAAUCAUUAUUUUCUUAUAUAUCCUUGAUUGCUUGUGAAUUCAGGUGAACAAAUGUCACUUGGCUAACUUGGAUUCAAAGUGGUUCUUAAAUUAUUUGAGACAGACCUACCCCUAAACCUUUAAGUUAGGAUUGUAUAUAUGGCCAAUUAAAUAUUAUUUUAUUAUUUAUGCAUAUCCCUAAAGGACUUGCUUGCUCAAGAAAGGAGCAACUCUUAAAUUAUACUUUUUAAAAACAAUAUCCAGAUUUUAAAAUAAUAUAUAUAUACACACACACACACAUCUCCAUCCCUCAGGGUUAUUUUUUUAAUUGCUUUUCUUUCCUCCCCAAUAACUCUAAUUAAAGGACUGCUGGGUUUCAUGGCACGCAGGCAUCUCUCCGCCCUGCACAGGUGGGCAGAGCCCCAUCCCUGGAAACCACGUGUGCCCCCAGUGCCCCUCAGGGCAGCUCCCCCCACAAGGGGCAGCCCCCGUUCCACCUCCAGAGAGAAUGGGGGGGCACAGGGGUCCUCUGGAAUACUGGAGUCUUCAUGUUCUGCUGGAAAAAGAAGCUUCCUCAGAUGGGCCAAGACUACAUAUUCCCUAUAGCAAUGUUUUCAAUUGGCAACUUUAAAAACCUGCACUCUUCUUCAUUUUUAUUUAUUUUUUCAGUGGAGAGUCAGUUCACCUUCACUGGAUGAGUUUAUCUACUGUAGUAUAUUAUGGCUGCAUAUCAGUAGUUACGAGGUGAAGAAUAAUUCUUAAUGCUGCAAAUGAUCUUUUUCUUAAAAGCUUUCCUUGAUUGUCACAGACUUAAAAGGGCUUCAUGACUUUAGCUUAAAGUUUAAAUUCUAAAAUCAAAUGUUUGUAUAUAUGAUGGAAAAGUUUAUUUAAAGGUUCAGAUAUGAUCAUUUUAGGGCAUAGGACUGUCCAAUUUUAAGAAAACCUGUUUGUAUAAAUAUGCAAACAUUUGGAUAAAUUAUGUAUUCUCUGCCACCAGCACCUCAGGUCAGGAUUGGCAAGAUCACAUCAUCUUAAAAUGUCUAAAAAAUACUUUUGUUUAAGAAGUGGCUCUGCAUAAAAAUUAUUUUGCUGUUUUUUUAUAAUGGUACCCAGUUGUAAUAAAGACAUUUUAUGUAAUUGUAGUAAAUGGCCUUGUAAAAUCCCGUUUUUAUUGGAAUAAAAUGUAAUGACCAUGCCCUUUC